UCGCGGCUCGGCUGCAGCAGCUGGCGCCGGCAGCUCUGGGCCGUCGUUUCUCCGCCGCCGCCGCCUCGCCAUCCCGCCCCGCAGGCUGGGCAUCCGAGGGGGCCGCUUGGAUGCCCCUGCCCUGGGGGAGGCAGCGCGCUGAGCCCGGGCAGGGGCAAGCCAGGGCCGGGAGAUGGAGCCGUCGGGGCCCUUCCACGACUCCGGCGUGGGCGAUCUGGACGCCGACGAGUCGCGCCCGCCUUGCCCGCCCUCGGGGGACGAGCCGCGCCCGUCCGCCGCGCCCCCCAGCUUGGCUCCAGCGGCGGCGGCGGCGGCGACGGCGGCGGCGGGUCCCCUGCGGGCUCCUCCCCCGGUGGCCGCCCUCCGCCCUUCCUCCCGCCAAGGGAGCCAGCCCAAUGUAAGCGGCGAGCACUGGGCGGCCCCGGGCCACUCGCCCAGCUCCAGUGGCGGCGGAGGCGCGGGCGCGGGCGGCAAGCACCGGCAGGCCAGCCCGCUGGCGCACCGGCGGGACAGCAACCCCUUCACCGAGAUCGCCAUGAGCUCGUGCAAGUACAGCGGCGGCGUCAUGAAGCCGCUCAGCCGCCUCAGCGCCUCCCGUCGGAACCUGCUGGACGCCGAGGCCGCCGCCGAAGCGCAGCCGCUGCAACUUCUGGGCGCCGGGGCUCACCCGCCGGAGAUCGUCAUCUCCCGGGAGGACAACCACUCCCCGCAAGGGCUGCACCCCAACACGGCCGGGCUGUCGGGGACCGGCGGAGCCCCCCACAAGCACCCGCCCGUCGGGGGCCCCUCCUUCGCCAAAGCGCCAAAGCGCAAGAACCAAAACAUCGGCUACCGCCUGGGCCACCGGCGCGCCCUCUUCGAGAAGCGGAAAAGGCUCAGCGAUUACGCGCUCAUCUUCGGCAUGUUCGGCAUCGUCGUGAUGGUCAUCGAGACAGAGCUGUCGUGGGGCUUGUACUCCAAGGGCUCCAUGUUCUCUCUGGCUCUCAAAUGCCUUAUCAGCCUUUCCACCAUCAUCUUGCUGGGACUCAUCAUUGCCUAUCACACCCGAGAAGUUCAGCUCUUCGUGAUCGACAAUGGUGCCGACGACUGGCGGAUCGCCAUGACCUACGAACGUAUCCUCUACAUCAGCCUGGAGAUGCUGGUGUGCGCCAUUCACCCCAUCCCCGGGGAGUACAAGUUUUUUUGGACGGCCCGGCUGGCCUUCUCGUACACGCCUUCGCGGGCGGAGGCGGACGUGGACAUAAUCCUCUCCAUCCCCAUGUUCCUGCGUCUCUACUUGAUCGCCCGGGUCAUGCUCUUGCACAGCAAACUCUUCACGGACGCUUCGUCCCGCAGCAUCGGGGCCCUCAACAAGAUCAACUUCAACACCCGCUUUGUUAUGAAGACCCUCAUGACCAUCUGCCCCGGGACUGUCCUCCUGGUCUUCAGCAUCUCCUUGUGGAUCAUUGCUGCCUGGACGGUGCGUGUGUGUGAGAGGUACCAUGACCAGCAGGACGUUACCAGCAACUUCCUGGGUGCCAUGUGGCUCAUCUCCAUCACGUUCCUGUCCAUCGGCUACGGCGACAUGGUUCCACACACAUACUGCGGCAAAGGCGUCUGCUUGCUCACAGGCAUUAUGGGGGCUGGAUGCACAGCCCUGGUAGUGGCUGUCGUGGCACGGAAGCUGGAGCUCACCAAAGCCGAGAAGCACGUCCACAACUUCAUGAUGGACACGCAGCUCACCAAGCGGAUCAAAAACGCCGCUGCCAACGUCUUGCGGGAGACCUGGCUCAUCUACAAACACACCAAACUGCUGAAGAAAAUCGACCACGCCAAGGUCCGGAAGCACCAGAGAAAGUUCCUCCAAGCCAUUCACCAGCUAAGGGGUGUGAAGAUGGAACAGAGGAAACUGAGUGACCAAGCCAACACCCUGGUCGAUCUUUCUAAGAUGCAGAACGUCAUGUACGACCUCAUCACGGAACUGAACGACCGGAGCGAAGACCUGGAGAAGCAGAUUGGCGGGCUGGAGUCCAAACUGGAACAGCUGAACAGCAACUUCCACUCCUUGCCCUUGCUCAUCACGGACGCUCUGUGCCAGCAGCAGCAGCAGCUCCUGGCCACCAUCCUCGAGGCCCGGGGGGUGAGCAAGGGCAUGGGCGCCCCCCAGACGCCGCUCUCGGACAGCCCCUUGGGGGUCAGCUCAACCUCUUUCCCCACCCCUUAUACCAGCUCCAGUAGUUGCUGAGCCCCGUCGGACGUGAGGGAAACGACAACGACAAUGACAACACCACACACACACAUGGGUCUUUGUUAUCCAUGUGGGGGUGUCAAUCCUGGCCCUGGAUGGGGGGGUGGAGAGCAGAGGGCCCCAGCCGCCGCCUUGUGGGGUCGCCUGGAAACAAUGCGGGCUCAGCUCGGUGGUAGCGCCCCCUGUUGUCGGGGUGGGUUGGGGUGGGGUGAAAUGGGCGUUUUCGGCAGAGCCCCUCGCAGUGGCGUUCGGUGGACCGUAGGAAUCCACGUUCAAUCUCAGGUCUUCAAAAAUCGAAAAACAAGCCAACUCCAAGGGCAUCGAUGCAACGGCGCAAGGUAGGGGGACCAUUCCACUGUGUUGGACCCCAAGCCACUGGCAAUGGGGUUGUUCAUCUCCUUCUCUCUUCCCUGGUUGUUUUUAUUUUUUUAAACCAUUAUUAUUCCUUCUUCCCCUCUGCGCAUUAAGUGUCUUGCCGAAGAAAGUCAAAAGGCGACCGGGGAGGUGGAGAAUUGGCCCCUCUGCUGAAUCUCAGCAAAGGUCUCGAGGUAUCAUCCCAGCUCCCUCAGAAUUGGUUUUGCCAAAGAGACCACCGUAAAGGUACCCUUCGUGGCCUCUUCCGCGUUGGGUCUUUUUUUGUUUUUGUUUUUUUUUAAAGCAAAGGGGAAAAUGGCAGGUGUCUCCUUUUGCUGAGGCCUAAGAAGAGUUCCCUUGACUUGGAGAGAUCAGAAGUUUUCCACCACUAAAGCUGUUUUUGGUGUGUCCUUGCGGAGACGAAGCAGCGAUUUCGACGCAUCCAGAUGAUCUGGCGUUUGCCCUCCCCUCUCCAUGGGCCAAGGAGAUUGCCACCGAGGAAUUGGGUUUGCUCAGAUUCCGAGCACUCCAAGAAACGCAAAGCAAAAGAGAAGUUGUGUUCUCCAUCGUCCUCCUGAGAGAAUCACCCCGAGCCCGUUUGGCUCGCCAGUGGUGCUUUGAAAAACCACAUCCCUGUGGGCCACAUCGCCACAACCCUUCUUUAAACGUUGCGGUUACCAGCCUGAACUGCGUUGCUGCUGCAGUUUCCAAGGGCCUAUCCACACUACAAACCUCUCAUCUGGGCUUCCCAGAUUCAUCAACCUUUAUUAUUAGUAGGGCUUCCCUCCCCGCAAAGCAUCCUGGGAAUUGUAGGUUUGUUUCUUUUUUUAUGGGGGUGGGUAGUUCUGCACUUUCAAAGGCUCCGCGGCCGACAGCCAUUGGCGAUUGAACUGGUUUGAACCCGGUUUAAAUGUAAUUCGCUAUUGGCACUUAAAUAGGUUUGCUCCCGCUUUGAAUUGCCACAUAGACAAUUAGGCUGCACACUGGUUAAUGAAACUGCAGUCAAAGUGGUUGAACUGAAUUGCCACUGGCAAUCAAAUCAGUUCCAAGCCUGGUUUGAAAUGCCACUGGCUUGCAUUUGAAGGGUGUACAAGCCCUGGGAUUUUUCCACACCGGUACAGAGGUGUGGAGUACACAGCUUAUUUAAAAAGAAAAAUUACUAGGAAUCAUUAGGAAGCUGCCUAAUGCAGAGUCAGACCCUUGGUCCAUCUAACUGUGUGUUGUCUACACUGACUGGCAGCGGCUGUUCAGAGUUUCAGUCAAGGGGGAAUUUCCAGGCUCUGUUGGAGACACCAGGGAUUGAACAGGUUCCCUGCCACCGCUGCCUACCGGUAAGUCAUGUCUGAAUCCUACCAUUGAUUCAUUGAGCCCAGGAUGAGCUCUUCCGAUUCAGCUACAGCCCAUUCGGAAAUGCGUAAAAUGCCACCAUUCGCAUUUGCGGUUAGCGUAUCCCAGCCUAACCCUACCUCGCAGGGGUGUUGUGAGGAUAAAGUAGAGAGGGGCAGAGAAGUGGGCAUGCCCCCUUGAUCUCCCUUGGAGAAAUGGCAGGAUACCAUUUUGCAGUGUGCGAAAUGUAAGGCCUCCCAAAUAAUUCAUUUCUGGAUAUUAAAAUUCCUCCGUGCACCACUGGCUCAGAUCUGGAGACGACCUGAAGGCUGGAGACGAGAAUGUAGCCCCAAGGGCGCACACAUUUUCAGGGCAGACUAUUAGAUUAUCCCCCUCCUUCCCCGAGUAACUAUGUGGCCUUGAGAACAAUCUAGAGAAAUGACCCACUGCCCACAUGGGGGUGGCAAUGGCCUCGACCCAGCUUUGCUGUGUAUGAAGCCUUAAUGCUUAGCCCAGCUGCCUCGUGCUUAGAGUCAUAGUGCAGAGUUAGAAGGCACCCCAAGGGUCAUCUAUUCCAGCCCCCUGUAAUUCAGGAAUCGCAGCCAAAGAAUCUCUGACAGAUGCCUGCCCAACCUCUGUUUAAAAACCUCCAAGAAAGGGGAAUCCACCACCUUCUGUGUAGAACGGCUCUUCCCGUCGGGAAGCUCUUCCUAAUGUUUAGCCAGAAUCUCCCUUCUUGUAAUUUGAAGCCAUUGGUUCGAGUCCUACCCUCCGGAGCAGGAGAAAACUAGCUUGUUCCCUCUUCCAUGUGGCAACCUUGAGAUAUUUGAAGAAGGCUGUCAUAUCUCCCCUAAGUCUUCUCUUUUCCAAGCUAAGCAUACCCAACUCCCUUAACCGUUUCUUAUAAGGCUUGGUUUCCAGGCCCUUGGUCAUCUUGGCCACUCUCCUCUGCAAACCUUCUGGCUUCUCAAUCUUCCUAAACUGUGGUGCCAGAACUGGACACAGGAUUCCAGGUGUGGUCUGACCAAGGCAGAAAACAGUGGUACUAUUACUUCCCUUGAUCGGGGCACUGUACUUCUGUUGAUGUAGCCUAGAAUAACAUUAGCUUUUUUUGCUGCUGCAUCAUGCUGUUGACUCAUAUUCAGCUUGUAGUGUACCAAGACUCCUAGACCCUUUUCACAUAUGCUACUGGCAGGGAACCCCCAUUUUAUGUUUAUGCAGCUGGUUCUUCCUGCCUAAGUGCAGAAUCUUAACAUUUGUCCCUGUUGAAAUCCAUUUUUUUGCUUGAGCCCAGUUCUCCAAUCUGUCAAGGCCAUCUUGCAACCCUGUCUUCUGCAGCAUUAGCUAUCCCUCCCAGUCUGAUGUCUCCUGCUGCUGGUCAAAAGGGGUUUGUCCAUUCCUCCCGAAGGGGGCCAGACCCACUCUUUACCUCGCCUGCUUUUCACACCCUCCCUCGCUCCCUCUGGGAGCAUGGAGCAAAACAGCCACAGCCCUCUGCUCUGAACCCUCCCUUCCCUUUUGUCAAGGCGAUGGUUGCCAUCACCCCUCCACUACCACCUGUUUUUUUGUCAGGCAAAUGCCUCCCUCUAGCACAGCUCCGCAUUCAGGCUGUUUGGGGUAGGGUGGGGAGGCCUUGGCUCGGCUUCUCAGCCCCACGAGGAGGCUGCUGGCUCGUUCCAGCGAGAGCCGAGCAGGUGACUCUUCAUGUUCCCUUUGAACAGGCAAAGCAAGCGUGUAAUUGCUCAGCGAUAUUAAUUACGCGCCGCCCUGCGGCUCCAGUUAAUUGCGAGCAAAGAAAGGGAGGGAGAGAACACCCCAGGUAGAUCUAAGUGCUUUCAGCAAUUUUUCGGCAUGUGGGGUUUUAUUUCGGGGAGUGGGGGGGAGAUGCAUGGUCUUUUGUCAAAACUCCCCUUCAGCAGCUGUGUGUGGCUUUUCCGAACAUCACAAAAAGCAUUAAACGGGGAAGAGGGAGGGAGGGAACCUGCCACUUAGCGAGGAUGGUAGGUGGCCCGUAUUCCUUGCAAUUGAAGUUGCUUAGGAAACGGAGCAGAGCUUCAGGGGCAGGAUCCUUAAAACGCCCACUGGAAUCUCCCCCCCAUGCCAGUUUGGGGCUUUUGAGAGGCCCUGUUUCACCAGGAAAUAUUUGGAGGAGGGUUAUAUAUGGUGCGAGCCACUCUGAGUCUUCUUGGUGAGUCCCCGGGGCUCCCAGAAAAGCUGGGAUUUGUCUGAAGCGAUCAGAACGAGGACAUUUUGCCUGCCAGCCGGGGUACACUUAGCUAGGUGGGCCGAAUGGUGCGACUCAAUAUAAGGCAGCUUCCCCUGUUGGGAAUGGAGCUGUGGCUCAGCAGUAGAGCAUCUGCUUUGCAUGCAAAAGGUCCCAGGUUCCGUUCCUGGCAUUUCCAGUUGGAGAUGUUAAUGUCCCCCGCCUGGAGAGCAGCUGCCAGUCAAUGAGUUAGAUGGGCCAUUGGCCUGGCUCUGUAUAAGGCAGCCCUUCCCUGCAUUCCUUUAGCUACAUAAAAGCGAGUUAGGGCACUUCCACCACGAGGAAAGGAAGACGGAGACUGGCUUGAAGCUGCGUCCAUCUCUAGCAUCUAUGAGGACUAGAAUCUUUAUUUUGAAGGGAAGGGCCGCCCCUCAUUGUUAAAGCAUCUGUUUUGCAAGCAGAAGGCACCAGAUUCAACCCCUGGCGUCUCCAGGUUGUUGUUUAGUCGUUUAGUCGUGUCCGACUCUUUGUGACCCCCAUGGACCAGAGCACACCAGGCACUCCUGUCUUCCACUGCCUCCCGCAGUUUAGUCAGACUCAUGUUCGUAGCUUUGAGAACACUGUCCAACCAUCUCGUCCUCUGUCGUCCCCUUCUCCUUGUGCCCUCAAUCUUCAAUCUUCGUCUCCAGGUAGGGAGGGAAUUUCCCUUGCCUGAAACCCAGGACAGCCGCUGCUGCCAGCCAGUGUCGACAUACCUGAGCUAGUUGGGGAAGCAGUCUGACUCUGUAUGAAGCAGCUUCCUGUCUCUUUAUGCCCAACACUUCCACUCAUCUGCAUGCUUCUUUUUGCUGUAAAUCCUCAUUUGGCAGCCCUGUGAGACAGGCAAGAGUCUUCUGGCCUCCCAUGUGGCAGAUGUGAAGACGGAGGCUCAGGGAGAGAAGGUCGGCUCCUCAAAGACUCCACGCAGAGGGCAGAGGUGCAGUUCGAAGCAGGCACACCCACCCCUCCCAAUUCCUCUUAGCCACCCUGGUAGGGGGUAGCACGGUGGGCAAGGGGCUUAUGGGGAAAUUCCAAGAAGAGAAGCAGCGGCAGCCCACACAGUUGGCAUGGAAAGAGCCUCAUUCCAUUUCAGCACCCAGGACAGCUCUACUCUCCAUUUCUCAAGGCAAGCCUGUCUCUACCUCAAGUUACUCAGAAUGCAGACUCAGUUCCACAUUGCAGGACUCCUAGCAGCUGGUUUCAAUCAUGGGAGAAUAGCACAGGAGGAAAGGGUUAAUUGAUCACUCCCUUGAGCCAUUUCAGAUCCCCAAUGGCUGCUAGUCUGGAAAAGUUACUAGCCUCUUCCCCUCCCCCCCCUGUUGAUCAUUUCUGGCUAUAUCAGUCUCUUGGGGACAAGAACAGGUUUUUGGGGGGUCCAUUCUAGAGAGAGAAAAUUGCUGUCUGCUCGGCUGGAGGGCCUCUUUGCUCACCCUGGCGACCAGGCAAACCCCUGUUCCCAAAGCCACCUCAUUCUUCUUACCCCAUCCCUUCUGACAGGGAUCCAGAGAUGGGAGCAUCACACCCUAUCUGUUUGGCUGGCAGGAUCUCAGCCCCCCGUCUGCCCCUCCUCGUCUCUCUGGGUCAGGCCCCCCCCUUUUUUUUGUGGCAUCGCCCGCCAUCGCUCAAAGCACCUGUGUUUCACCGGAAAUGAGAAGAGCCCGUCAUAACUGCACUGGGACCGGAAGCUAGAAAGAAGAUACGGGCUGCAAUGAACGUUUAAAUGAAUUUCAUUGAGCAGCCUGUUCCAAGGCAGCUGAUAGGCAAUUAACUACAAAUUGAAGGUUCUUUUUGGGAGGCAAUGAUUACAGACUGCAGGCUCAGAUUUAACACCCAUCCUAGUAACUACUUCACUCACCAGAGAGCACCCCCCCCUUUUUUUUUACUAAACAGAAAUGAGCCCGAGACACACUGUACAGCUGGAGGUGCCAAUCUUGCAAUUCCUUAUAGGGUUGCCAGACUCAACAGAGGACAGGAUUUCUGUGCCUUUAAUUGCCCUGCUCUCUUUUGAGUCUGGAAACCUUAAAGAGAAACCA